AUGCAGCUAAAUUCAAAAGUUUUGGCUUGGAUAUCACCCGAUGCUUUAUUAUAUUCUGAUGUGACAAUACUGUCACUAUCAAAUAUUCAGGUAUCCUUCCUUAUUACAUAUCAUUGCCAGAUUGAGUUUGGCUGGACAUCAGAAAAUGAGGUUUCCUCAUCUCCAACAGACUGGCUUAACUGGGUCUGUGUGAUGUUUACUUCAAACAGACAGACAACAAAUCAUCAAUACAAUAUCAAGCUGUAACUGAUGUUGGGUUGUCAGUGAGGUUAAUUUUCUUCUGCAUGCUAAUUAUUAUAAUUGGUUAUGAGGAAUGUUUUCCUGUAAAAAUUGAUUUUUACACAUACAAAUAAAGAAAUUGAGAUUUACAAAUGUAGUCUUCAAUGUUCAAUGUUAACACACAUCUUUCAAAUACAUACUUCUGUAUAAUUUGAUAGUUUAGCUAGGGCACAUAAACUAAGGCACAAGGGAGACAAUUUGGUUGUGAAUGUAACCUGAUGGUAUUUCAGUUAAUUGUAUUUUUUUAGUGUUCUGCAAGAUCAGGGUAAAAAAAAAAGGUACAAAAUAAUAAAAAAAUUAUUCAUGUAAAAUUAUAAAUCCUCUCCUUUCUCUGCACACUCUCAAUCUCGUCUCACUUUCUUCUGUUAUUAAGACAUCCCUGAUUAAACAGACAAGAAUAAGGGUUAUAUGAGCUGAAAUGCAGGAUAAUCCUGGCUCUUUAAAUAAAACAAGCUUUCUCUGUUCCUCAGUCAUGUCACAAGGUUGCUAGGUGACCUGAAAACACUCCAGUUGUAGGAAGCGCAGGAGAAAUUCAGAGAGAAAUUCCAAAGGGUAAACGGGAUGGGUGGGAGGGGCACUGUACCCACUCUUCUGAGAAUUAACAAAGCCUACAAAUUGCCAGACGUCAACUCCUUUGCAAUAUUUGGUGUGUUUACCAAAGUGGGUAAGUACAAUUCCUUCCUCCAACUGGGCAAACUAAGCCAAGCUGACCCCAUCUUCCUUCUGGGGACUGACCUGCAGAAUCCAACCAAAAAUAAAACCCUGCCAGUGCACUUACUGUCAGAUGCUAUGGCUUCCAUAUUCUCCUGGGAUAAUGGCCAUUCCAAUAGCUAAAUAAGGACUGGAGCAAUUUUGUGCCCAUUCCUGAGCUGCCUGUGUGCAGUAUAGCUGUCUGGACCCAAGAGCAGGAACCCUACUUCCCUCAUGGCAGAACUAGAGUUGUGCCCCAGCAAUCUUAGAAAGUUAUCGAGUGCAAGUCCUGGCCAGCCAUGGUACCCAAGCAGCAGGUUCUAGGAGCUGAAAUGGUUUGCAUGCCGCCUUAUGUCAUGUAGCAGUGAUGAUGAAUAAAGCCCGAGGGGCAAAUGUAAGGAAGAUGGUCUGUAUGUGUGUGUGUGUGUCUUCUCUCUGUCCCAAUUUAGGGCUUUUCAGUGAUUUAUUAUUUCAACAGUAAAUCUUGGGCACACACAUUACAGAGUUAGUGACACAAAUUAAUAAUGAGUUAGAAAUGUCUCUGUGCUUUAGAACAUGUGAAUAUGCAAUUCUUAUAGCUGAUUUUAUCAGGCGUUUUAGAGAGAGAGCCCAUUUCCAUGGUUUGCUUAGUGUAUUUUAUCUUCCAUUAAAUCAGCCACUAGAGUCUUCCAGCAGCUGCUUUUACUAGAGUUUUAUAGAGUUCCAGUCUAUUGUGACUUUGAAAAACAGAGGUUUGGUCAGAUGUAUAAAAUUAUGAGGGACGCGGGUGGCGCUGUGGGUAAAACCUCAGUGCCUAGGACUUGCCGAUCGUAUGGUCGGCGGUUCGAAUCCCCGUGGCGGGGUGAGCUCCUGUCUUUCGGUCCCAGCUCCUGCCCACCUAGCAGUUCGAAAGCACACCUAAGUGCAAGUAGAUAAAUAGGGACCGCUUUCUAACGGGAAGGUAAAUGGUGUUUCCGUGUGUUGCGCUGGUGCUGGCUCGCCAGAGAGCUUCAUCACGCUGGCCACGUGACCCGGAAGUGUCUCCGGACAGCGCUGGCCCCCAGCCUCUUAAGUGAGAUGGGCGCACAACCCUAGAGUCGGCCACGACUGGCCCGUACGGGCAGGGGUACCUUUACCUUUACCUUUAUAAAAUUAUGGGGAUAAGACUAAGGCUCUGUUCUACUAAGGCUCUGUGGCUACUAAGGUUCUGUUCUGCCUCUACUGUCAGAGGCUGUGCACCAGUUGCUGGGAAUCACAAAUGGGGUUUUCCCCUCAGAUCCUGCUUGUGAGCUUGUGAAGAUGCAGGGCUCUUCAUAUUGUUGCACACCAUCCCUAUCUCCAAGUGGUGCGAGAAUCCAGGAGUCGCAGGCUCUUAUCGAGGGUUCAUGUUUCCUUUGGAAUGAAGGCCAGCAGAGACUGCAUUAUCUCUAUGAUAUAUGGUUUAUUUACACCUAUAUACAACCUGAGCCCACGAUGAAUGGGUUCACAGCAUUAACACCCCAAGAGGGUCUUGCUUCUUCACUCAUAGCCACAGCCUUGGAUGCAAGCAGAAAUCAGGCAUGUCUCUCCCUUCCACUUCUAACUUACACACACACACACACACACAACUCACCUCUGGGUUGUAUCUUUUUUCUAACUGCCAGCACGUUGAGGAGGUUGUCCAACCUAUUUGCUGUCUGGCACAGAGGCACUUCUUUUGUUAUAUAUUUAGAUCCCUUCCCGCUCCCCCUCUUUCCUUUUUCCUUUCUGCUUAUGUGAUGGAGCUCCUGUUUGGGGACUUGCCUGGCUUUUUUCUGGCCCACAUAGGCCCAGUCUCGAUAGUUGGCCUUGGUGAAGACUUGACGUUUUCAUCCCCCAAAAAGUUUUUGAUUUGAGUUCCUACUGAAAUGAGGCUGUAUUUUCAUAUUUUAAUGUUGUAUUUUAAUCUUGUUUAUAAGUUGUAUUUCAAUCAAUUGUUUUUAUACCUGGUGUCAGCCGCCCUGAGCCCGGUCUUGGCUGGGGAGGGCGGGGUAUAAAUAAUUUUUUUAUUUUAUUAUUAUUAUUAUUAUUAUUAUUAUUAUUAUUGAGGGCCAUUAUCAAGAGGUUUGCUCGUCAACCUGGGAAGGUAGCCCAUCUAGGAGAAGGAAAACCCUGAUCCUAAACCUCUGCUGCUGCUUUGCAGGAUAUCUUCAAGAGAAGGAAAGGUUAAGGCGUAAAUCCUACACAAAGUGGGGUGGUGCCUUGUACGCCUCCUUCCAGCAACUCCUGCAGCUAAACUGGUGCCAAACGUAUUGCUCUGCUUUCUUUUGGACCACAUCAGCAAGGCUGAGUGGCGUGUGUGUCUUGUCAUUUAGGCAGCCCAGGGACUCCAUACACACUGCCCAGGCUUGCAUCCCAGGGAGGUCACUUCAGUGCCAGUAACGCAGCAGUUUGACUUCGUCCCCAGAGGUGCACUCCAUUGCCUCUCAAGACAGGUGGAUGCCAACAACACUGUCUGGCUGUUUCAACCAUUUGAAUCCUUGCUGGAUCCAUGAAUCAGAACGGUCUCAGCAUACUGCCAUUCCCCUCCCCCCCCCAACUCAUAGCACUAUGUUAACAACUGGCUUCCCAUGUUUUCUUAUAUAAUGAAGUUGAAUUUAUGACCAAGAUGCAUAAAAGCUUUGCAAAAAAAUGAAUUAGCAAACUGAUACUGCCAGUCAAACAUUCAAAUACUAAAAACCAAGUGUCCAGCACCAUGCAGAGAAGUAUACAGUGGUACCUCGGGUUAAGUACUUAAUUCGUUCCGGAGGUCCAUACUUAACCUGAAACUGUUCUUAACCUGAAGCACCACUUUAGCUAAUGGGGCCUCCUGCUGCUGCCGCGCCGCCGGAGCACGAUUUCUGUUCUCAUCCUGAAAUAAAAGUUCUUAACCUGAAGACUAUUUCUUGGUUAGCGGAGUGUGUAACCUGAAGCGUAUGUAACCUGAAGCGUAUGUAACCCGAGGUACCACUGUAUGUACAAGUCACAGCCAUGUAGCUCUUCCCAAUGUUCAUCUCUCUCUCCACCAAGUGGAUGGAGUCAGGGCAAAAUAUGAGCAUUGAAAGAAUGAAACAGGGAUUUUGCUAUCAUUUCGCCUCCAACAUUUCGCUCCCCCUGCUCAAAAUCAAGCCCCUGCUCGAAAUCACCCUACAUACAAUGAAAAUCAGCUUAAGGGGAGAUUUUGAAUGGGUAAGUGGCCUGAGUUGAAAGUUUUUAUCAACCAUUUACCCCCAUCCCCACCCCAAUCUUAUGUUGAAGACUGCAGCCUUCUCAGCUGUGUAUGAGUAUGCAGUAGGGGAGAGAAAAAAAACCACGGGGAGAUGCAUGUAACUUAAUUCAGCAUGUAAUUUCAGUGGCCUUAAGCACACUUAACUCUGUAUUGGGUUGUGAUUGGGGCUCCUUUGUUUGGUCCAUUGUUCACAAAGGCAAGCAGAGCUUGUUCUGUGUAGCAGAAUUAUGUGCUCUGGUCUGUUGACAGAGGCAGUUACAGUAGUCCUAACAUCCUACUCACAGACUGUUUGGAUUCAGGGCUGGUAUUGCUAUGGCAACCAGUGCUGCUGUAUAGAAUAAAUCUGCCUGGUUGGUGUAUUGUGCUAAUAAAUCCAAAUGGCAGCUGAAACGCUUGUGGGUUGCUUCAGUUUUCUGUGUGCAGUACACUGAGUUUGGGAAUUUAAUGUGUUGGAUAAAUUUAAAGGGGGGUUCCCAGACUGGAGGUUACCCUCACAUAAACCCAAAGGAAAAGGAUGCAGGCUCCAAGUGAAAAGAUAGGCCUUUAUUGAAAUACAAAUGUACACAGGGACAGCCUCAAAAAUAAGGAGAAGGCUGCAAAGAACCACAUCUGACACAAUGUUUUUUAUACACUUCCAGACUACACACGUCAUUUAAUUUCACUGAUCAAUGGAUCACACCAUUUUUAAUAGUUCCAAGCCAAUGCCAUCAUCCUGAAACAAUCAAAAUCAUUUGGCUCUUCAGAUCAGCCCUCAUCAUAAUAUCAUGUGAUUACAUAUAAUCAUUUUCAAGUGCCUUUCUUUAUUAUUUGACUAAUUUUUUGACUAAGUUUGACUAAGUUUGACUAAGACUUUGACUACUUUUCCUGUACAUUAAAUGUCUUCCAAUGUCCUCUUUCAUCAGUCUACAAAACAAUUCAAGAUUAAUCACAACUGCCAUGCCUAGCUGAUUCUCUUUUCAUGCAUACAAUGCCCACCAUAGAUUCUAACAGUUUAUUCUUUCAGUGUUCUGGAACAGACAUUCACUAUGUACAGUACCUAAAAGCAGCUAGUUCUGUACUGUAAAAGACAGGUACAGGCCCUUUUAGCUUAGCUAGGCCAUAGACUCAAAAGAAAACAGAAUAAUCAAAACACAGUUUGAUUAAAUUAUUAUUUUCUCCAACAAAAGAAUAUGUGUGAAUUCAGCAAUAACACAGGAUCUGUUUAUGAAAGCUAUUGCUUCCUACUAUUAUAUCUGUGUAAAAGUUUUGGGGUGUUUGCUGUGUGGGAACCCUCUUCGAUGUCAGAGGUAUGCCCCACUCCUAUUGGUCAAGGCACCCAUCACACCAUGAGGUGGAUCAUCUGCAUCCUUUAUUCCUGUUGGUGGGCAAGGGGUGGAACACCUUGAAAGGACUAGACACAUUGGAGAAUUUUGAACACUAGCUUGGAUUUAGGAUUAGCACCUACACCUUCGAAUUAGACUAUGGGGGACUCAAAAAUCUGCUUCAUCAGAUCACUAGUAUGGAGAUCAAUCACAUGAUACCCUAAAACAAACUUUUGCAGUGCACACAUAUAUAAUUUAUAUCAAAUGUGUACACAGCCUCAUACCAGGACAGAUGACUUGUUAUUUUUUUCUUGAAUCUAGCUCCUUUCCCUGAUUUUGGUAUAGAAGCCUAAUCUAUUUAAGAACAAUGAAUUUCUUUAAGGAAGGCCUGCAAGUUACAACCUCUUACCUUUGCUCCUCAAACCUACUAUUCUUUUUUCAGAGUCCACAUUCUGUGGCAACUGACAACAUCAAGGAAAGAAGUCAUGCCAAAGCUAAAAGGCAAACCAAAACCUAAAGCCGGCUUAGCUAUGAAUAUCCUUGAAAAGUUCCUGCAAACUUAUGAAAAGCAUUGCACGGCAUCCCAAAGUUGUGUCAGUCCAACUAUCAAACAGGAUUUACAGCAAUGUGUAACAAAUGAUAUGUUCAUUACUAAGGUAAAAAUGGAUUAUAAAUAAAAAAUUGACGUGCCUUUGUGAACUAGAACCAAAUGAUGUUGGGGAUUAUACCCCAACUGUAUUUUUUAAUCAACAACAACAAAUUAUUCCUUUAGAGGGAAGCAUGGUUCUAGCUGAUUAGCAACUCUAUUGCCCUCUCUCCUGAGGUAGGUUAACCAGAAGUUAUCUUCUCUCUUUGUAUAUUUGCAAUUUGCUAAGGUAAAGGUACCCCUUACCGUUAGGUCCAGUCGUGGACAAUUCUGGGGUUGCGCGCUCCUCUCACUCUAUAGGCCGAGGGAGCUGGCGUUUGUCUGCAGACAGCUUCCGGGUCAUGUGGCCAGCAUGACUAAGCCGCUUCUGGCGAAUCAGAGCAGCGCACGGAAAUGCCGUUUACCUUCCUGCUGGAGCGGUACCUACCGUAUUUGUCGCUCUAUAAGAUGCACCUUUUCCCUCCUAAAAAGUAAGGGGAAAUGUGUGUGCCUCUUAUGGAGCGAAUGCAGGCUGCGCAGCUAUCCCAGAAGCCAGAACAGUGAGAGGGAUCACUGCGCAGCACUCCCUCUCGCUGUUCUAGCUUCGCUGUGCGAAGCCUCUUCAGGGCAGGGGGAGCCUUCAUCCCGCUGCCCUAAAGAGGCUGCGCGCGGCUAUCCCAGAAGCCAGAACAGCGAGAGGGAUCUGGCUUCUGGGAUUCAGAAUAUUUUUUUUCUUGUUUUCCUCCUCCAAAAACUAGGUGCAUCUUAUGGUCUGGUGAGUCUUAUAGAGCGAAAAAUAGUAUUUAUCUACUUGCACGUGACAUGCUUUUGAACUGCUAGGUGGGCAGGAGCUGGGACUGAACAAUGGGAGCUCACCCCCAUCGCGGGGAUUCAAACUGCCGACCUUCUGAUCGGCAAGCCCUAGGCUCUGUGGUUUAGACCACAGCGCCACCCGCGUCCCUACAAUUUGCUAAAAAGUCCAUUAAAUUAAACCAUGCAAAUUGAACAUCUGAUGGCUCCUUUAUUAUGAAAGAGCACCAAAAACACACUAGUGCAGUGUGAGUAAUUAUAUAUUACAUGAUGCCUAUGUCAAAGAUGUACCCUCCAACAUUUCUCGAUGAAAAUAGGGACAUCCCAUUCCAUAAUGAUAUAGAAUAGAAGCUAUUUACUUUAAACAAAAGGCAAGGUUGAUAAUUAACGGUAUUGUUACAGAAAACAUUGAGAUUAUGAAGGGCACAAGGCAGGGAUGCCCUCUGUUACCUCUACUAUUUAUAUUAAUGCUGGAAGUUCUGUUGAGGAAAUUGAGGGAAGAGGAAAAAAUAAAAGGAAUCAGUAAAGUUUUAGUGGCAGGAUUGUCAUCAAGCUUUUCUUUUUCUUCUCUAGUUUGUGCUUACAAAUGUAGAGAGCGUAUCAAGAAAUGUGCAUCCAGUUUAUCUCACUCCUUUACUGAGGACUAUCCGAGAUGAACGAUAUCGGCGAGGGAAGGAGCUCUGUAUCUGUGGAAUUAACCUAUAUCCUCAAGAUAUUGCAAACCUUGUAAGUUUGAACACAAGCCAUUGGUAAAGGAACCUGAGACUUUCACAACCAACUCAAAAAAUAAAAUAAAUACAGUCUGGACAUCAGCUUCUCACAGUCAUUGUAGGAGAGAGCCAGUGUAUUAUUGAGGGUGGGAGAAAUGAGACUCAGAGUCCUGCCAUCGCAGCUUCUUCCUUCUCUUCCCACAAAGCAUACAAUACCUGCCACUGGCUACAACCACAAAAAGCCUUGCUUGAAGGCCGCAACACCUGUAACCCAGGUGCCAGGGACCUUGGGAAAUGUAGUUCUCCAGAAUGCCCAAGCCCUUUUUAUGGAUGCCACAUUCCAUCUUACACUUGGGAUGAUCUUUUAAGUGGGGAACAAUUUGCUGUUGCUGAACUUAUUCACCAUCAAGCUGAUAAGAGUUCACUUGUUGCUAGCUCUGGACCUGGAAGCAGCUAAAUUAAAGAAAUUUGCAAGGAACAAAGGCACUUGAACAGUGUUUUUUGGACCCCAGAGAAACCAAUGCCAUUUUUCUAGCCCUUGGCCCAAUAUGCAAGUGUGAGUAGGUUGGAGUGGGUCUAGAGGACAGUGUUGCUGGCAAAUUUGAUGACUCAACCAGACACCUGUGAGUAUGCACAUCUGCUCACCACCAAGCAUGGGACCUCAAUGUGUCACAGAUCAUAGGAUCAUAGAAUUGUAUAGUUGGAAGGGACCUAAGGGUCAUCUGGUCCAACCCUCUGCAAUGCAGGAAUCUCAGCUAAAGCAUCCAUGACAGAUGGCCAUGACAGAUGAUCUAUAGCAGGCCCAUCCAACUCCAAAGAGACUGCGAUCUACUCACAGCAUAAAAAAACUGGCAGUGAUCUACCCGUUGUCAUUGGAGGAUUGAUCAGAGUAGUUGAGCUUUUGGGAGGGAGCCAAAGUUUUUGAGCUGUUGGACAGGCCUGAUAUAUAGCCAUCUGACUCGUCAGUCUAAUCCUCUUCCCUGACUAGAGUGUUGGCCACCAUCUAGGGAAGUACAAGUGGAGAAAUAACUGUUAUUCCAUGGUAGCUAUUUGUAAACUAUAGAGAGAGUGUAUGUUAACAUUUUUAGCACUGGAGAAAGGUAGAAUGAAUGUACAUCAGGGUGAAAAAUAUUACAUCAAAUUGUAUUCAUACCAUGUAGUUAAAUACAGAACUAUGGUGUCCAGGAAUAUUGAAUGUUAUGCUUUUAGUGUGGCAGGACUAAGCUAAGUAGAAACACUUUCAAAGCACACAAAGAAUUCAAAUUAGAAGCGUUAAUCGUUUGGAUAAAUCUGGAUUUUUGUUCUUCUUAUUUGUGUUUUAGGCAAUCUUGCUAGAACUGGAUGGACGUACCAUCUACCCCUUUUCCAAAUUAGAAAUAACUCAUCAUGUAUUAGACCUUUGGAGCAUGGAGAGACUUGGAAUGGCUCUGCCUUACAGCCGUCUGAGUUCUCUUGUUCUGGAUUAUUCCAAGUAAGAAAAACUAUUAGUUUCACUUCUUCACCCUAAAGAAAAGAGGAGCUGUGGAAGCCAUGUAGGAGUUCCUAGAUUAUUGGUAUAGGAACUCAAGAGUGGUUUGUGAUAUCCAUGUGGUUGAGCUGGAGCAACCAGCUCAAACCUCUUCACAUGCUGAACUCAGGUAGACUGGAAGAGAACAAGCUCUUACCUAGUUCUUCCCCAGGUGAAGGGAAGUGGACAUAGCUAAGUCUGGCAGGACAACUUACUCUAUGGUAUCUCCCAAACCUCCAAAGCAGAUUUGGGGGAGGCAUGGAGGUAAGCUGGUGGGAAGGAGCCCCAUUGCACUAAUGGGAGUCUGGCUUCUGUUAAUAGAACCAGGUUGUUGAAUUCAGUCAAUUCAGUCAAAAUGUAAUGUCAAGGACCAGCUGGUUGAACCAAGUCCAACUAAUUUGUCUUAAACCUAGGGAAAAGGGGCUUUCUGGGGACAUGGCAGAGGUGGGACCAGAGAGGGUGGAUUUAGGCUGGAUCCUAAGCCCAUUUAGCUCUGUCAUGUGACCUGGUGACCCAGCAUAAGUUAAGAUUGCAAAAAGGAUGGUGUAACUCAAACACUAUUUUAAAGGUUUGUUUUCCCUCUGCUGGACUUAUAUUGGCUCAGCCAGCAGUAGCCCUGCUCUUUUGGAUCUGUUGUACUUCACACCAAUUUAAUUUAUACCAAGCUUACUUUAUGCCAGUUUUUUGUGUAUUGUUCCCUUAUUUUUUCAGUUUAAGUCUUUCCAGAAAUGUGUCUAAAUGACUUGCUUCAAUUAGAAUCAAACCCAUGUGCAAUACUAGAAUACUGGUUAAAUAACUAUAUGUUUAAGGUAGGAGUAAACAGCCUUCUUUUAAACUGUUGUCUACCUAAUUUAUUAUUUUCUUUACAGAUGUGGUGAUAACUGUGUCAAUAGACUUACUGAUGGAUUAGAUGGGAAUAGAAAGCUUUUAACUCUGAGCCUCUGCUACUGUGAUUUAGGGCCCAAAAGUGGAUUAACAUUAGCAACUCUUGUAGUCCAAACUGCCAUUUGGUAUGUUUUGAUUGAUUGAUUGAUUGAUUGAUUUAGAGCUGGGUUUGAACUGUUUUAGAGUGUUUUUAUUCUGCUUGUGCUGUUUUUGUUGUUUGCAUUGAUGUUACUGCUUUAACAUUUUUGAUUGCUAUAUAUCUUGUAAAUAGACUAAAUGUUUUCUGUUUUGUUUAAAAUUUCUGUAAUGGGGGAAAAUCUGCUUCUAAAAACAAGAAAAUAUGUUGAAAUAAUACUUAAUAUUCUUUUUAACCAUUGUCUGUGAAAUCAUUUUAAAUUGUUUAUUGCAGCAACUUGUUCCUGAAUGGUAAUCACUUGCAAUGUUUGGGGGCCAUAGAACUCCUCAGACCAAUAGCAGAGUUUGAAGAAAGCAUUGGACAAGUAAAGAAAGCAAAUGCUCAACUCAGCCUUGAAGGUAGGAUUGCCUUUGGGGCAAUUCACUCAUGCAACUUGCAUUGCAAUCCUGUAACAUAGUAAGUUCCAUUGACUUCUAUGGGACUUACACAUAAGUGUGUGUAUAGGAUUGCAACCUUCUAAAUGUUAAAAUUAAAUGGUAUGAUUUGCCAUUUUUAAAACAACUCAAGCAUUUACAUAUUUCAGCUCUAGGCAAAACUCCACUAAAAACAAUACAAACAGGACAAAGUUCAUUAUGGCCAUGCAUUUUCUUGGGCUGUUUUUAAGACACGUCUAUAUGAAAAAUAAUGAAAAGAACAAACAGGAGGAAUAGAAACUGACAGUUUCAAAAAAGGAAAUAUGGACACCAUUCACUCAUCUUCAAUCAGUUUCAUUGUUCUACUUAGACUUUGGAGAGCAAUGCAUAUAAAGUAUAUAUGGAAGCAAAUCUUUGGUGGCUCUUGAGGUUCGUGUCCAGAACUGUGUGCAGCAUCAAAGCACAGCCUCAUGUUCUGCCUGAUGUUUUGCACAAGCUAUUGCACAUCUCUCAGUGGUCUGGCUUUGACAGGGAAUGAAUGGAUGGUGAAAACUCUACAAGAACCUCCCAUUGUUUUAGUUUUAAAAAUAAGAGUGAAAUAUACUCGGAGUCCUGUCGUGAGUUCAUGCUCUUUAUUGAAGCUUGUAAAACAGUGAAUGAGUUGCCCCCCAAACCUCAGGCUUUUAUAUACAUUAUUUACACAAUGAGUCCCGUCUGAUUGGCUGGUUCUGCUUCCCUCCUGGAGACUGAUUGGUCUUUUCCUGCAAGCCAAUCAGUUGUUACAUUCUAGGAUCCUAUUUGCCUAUUGUUCUAGGAUCCAAGCUUAGUAUAUAACAAAGAGAAAGGGAACAUCAUGGAUUUACUGAAAAUGGAGGCAAAGCUGCAGAGCUACAAAGCAAACCCACAAGCAGCAGCCAGUGGAACUGGCUCCGGGAGAGGUCAGUUAAGACAAAAGAGAAGGCCCAUGCAAAGGAGGCAUCCUAGCUGAGGAGCCUAAGUGUGGAAAUACCAGACUUUUUGUUGCAAUCCCAUGAUCGUCUGCAACGCUUCUGGAGAAAAGGGGCAGUUCUGUAUAGUUUGACUUGAUUUCGGAUAUAAAGAGCAGUGCAGGAAGCAACAGGGCGAAGUCCUUCAGCCUGUGCUUGAUAGUGAUGUCUGCAAAUAGCAAAAUGUGCUGAUGGUUAGGAGGCUGCUGCAUGAAUCAGAGAUUCCUAAUGAUGCGGUCAUGCAGAUGUUUUGAAGGAUCGCGUUUAUAGGCUUGGAGUUAACUCAAGCAGUUCUUUAAUUGGAUUUGGGCAGUCGAAGCAGUUAUAGAAGUAUCUCCCCUCUACCCCACCCCACAGCAUAACUGUGGCAAUGCUUGAUUCCAAGUGUAUUUAAAACUGACUCAUAUAACUCAACAUCCAGGAGCUCAGAGAGCACAAUUCAGGCAGGGUAGCUGUGCUCAUUUGGAUGCUGAGCAUCUUUCAGGAGGGCCUGUGAGAAAUCGUAACAACAAAAUUUAAACUUACUGCCUUUUCAUUUUAAGCACCCAACAAAGAUGCAGAUCUUCUCUCAAAAGUUGUGAAUCUGAACACUACUUCGAAGACAAAUAGUCUUACGACAAUGGAAAAUAGUAGGAAGAAAAAGAAACGGAAAGGUAAAAUAAGACAGAUAAAUGUUAACACUACCGCUUACUCUUCAUCCAGUUUUCUAGUUGAAGCUGGUUUGAGGAAAAACACAACAAAUUUGUCAACAAGCUACAGAAUUGAUACGGAUUGUAGUUUACGUCAUGUGAAUGCAGCUUCAAAAACUAGCCGUACUGGAUGCAGAGUAACCUGAAGUUGCCUAUCUUCAUUGUAUCAGAAAUAAUAAUUAUGUGCUUACGAUUUGCAGUCUCAAAGAAAAAAAGUAAGAAACCUGACCCUGGCCCAUGGUUAGCUAGGCUGCAUUUGGCUGAUAAUGCCAUAGAUGGAAGGUUUCGUCAAACAGAAGAAAACCUCAGAGAGUUUGUGCAGCUGUUGACUAGGUAAGGCAACUGAUUAACAGGACAUGGAAUCACACUCUCCUGUCAUUUAUGGUACUGUGGAACUGUGAAACAAUUUUCAUUGUUAAUAUUUUCUAUCAUAGUCUAAUCAGGUACUCUGACCAUCUAGUAGAAGUUGAUAUCGAUGGCAAUGCUAUAGGAGAACAAAGUGCAAUCAACAUAUUGGAAGCUCUUAAGGACCGAAAGAAAGGUGGGAUAAUUGCAGUCAAUAAACCUUUAGAUUUGCCAGCUUAUACAGUGGUACCUCGGGUUACAGACACUUCAGGUUACAAACUCCGCUAACCCAGAAAUAGUACCUUGUGUUAAGAACCGUGCUUCAGAAUGAGAACAGAAAUCAAGCAGCGGCAGCGCAGGAGGCCCCAUUAGAUAAAGUGGUACCUCAGGUUAAGAACAGUUUCAGGUUAAGAACGGACCUGCAGAAUGAAUUACCGUAAGUUCUUAACCUGAGGUACAUGUAUUGAUACUGCACAACUAUGUUGGAAUAAGCCCGAAUGAACCAAGUGCAACUAUUCUGAGCAAAUAUACCUAGGAUUGCACCAUAAUACCUUCUUUGCUCAGACCUAUCCCAUUUGGAACUUUCUCUCAUUUAACCAAAUACUGAUCCCUGUGAUAGUGACAACCCAAGAAAAAAUUGAAAGUUAUUUGUAAUGGCUUAUCUUUAUGUGUAGGCUUUCCCUGAUCCAUACGGUCAGACUCUGUCAUCACCCAGGGAUGAAAACUUGUGUGCAGACAAGUCUUCAUUGUUUACUAUUAAAUGUUCUUCAUGGUUAUGAGUAUUUAUGGAAAAUGAUUGUUUAUGGUAUACUGACUGACUGAUUGAAUAUUAUUAUUUGUCUCUAUAGACAAAAUGCCACACAUAAACAUUGAGGUAACACCCCAGAUGUCAUCAGUGACCUUCAGGGAAAUUUUCAAGAAUUGUUCAAAAACAGCAAAAAAGAGGAAGAAAAAGGUGCAAUAAUUUGAUUCCCCCUAUUUCAUUAUUUAUUUAUUCACACAUAUUAACACACAUACACCAUUUAAUGUAUAUGCCACAUUUGUCCUAUUGAAGAUUUCAGGGUGGUGCAGAACCCAUGGUUUCACAGUACAAAUACAAUAAUCAAACAACAGAUAAAAAUCCUAAAAGCUAACAUUCUAACAAGUUAAAAUGCUUGCAUGAAUCAUAUUUUUGCCUGGCACUGAAAGAAUUGUAGCACAGGCACCAGGCCUCUUUAGAAAGGGCACCCCAUUGCCAGGACACUACUAAUAAAGCUCUUUUGUUAAUACAAAGAUGCACUGAGAUGCUGCUGUUUGCUUAGAAACAAAGGCUACUGAGCUAAUGAUAAAUGAAGAUAAAUAAGACCUUCAUGGACUGUACUGUCAUCAGCAUAAUAGAAAUACUGCAGUCUUUCCCCAAAGUAUAUAGACCUUGAUCCCACAAUCUUAAGUAACAAAUAAUUGAUGGAGAGCUGCAAACCAUGGGAGGAAGGGAAAGGAACAAAAUUCCGUGUAUUAAGUCUCAGAACUAAAGUUAAACUAGUAGAAUAUCAUGUUUAUUUUCUGAAAUUCUUUCCACAGUAAUGAGUUGCACUGAGUGGAAUAAUCCAUUGGUGGCCAUUCCAUACAGUGCCAUCCAAGAGAGUUGCAAGAGUAAUGUUCAUUCCAUCUGCUUAAUUGGUAACAACUGCCAUUUGGCUUCCCCUCUCCCAGAACUCUCAUUUGCCGCCAUUUCUCCUGGCUGCCUCUUGAGAAUUGAGGCAGCAAGGGCCUCUAGAGUAGUGUGUCUUGGACUGAGAGCCAAUUUCUCCAGGCUAAAAAGUUGGAUCCAGGAGAUAAGGAUGUGUGGAAAUGGCGGGAAGAGGGUGUACAUGGCUAGAUCAGGUUGGUCCUCCCUUUUCCAACGGAACAAUGACUGAUGAUAGUGAUGACAAUCUGAGUGUGGUAGUGGCAGCUGGUCUCCAUUAAGCCUGGUGGGGCAGAGGCAGGGCAGUGUAUGGUAGAUUUUGCCACUCCCCAACCCCAUUUUUUCUAUUGGUCCCACUCAUGUACUUUAAUAGGACAUUGUGAAGGGCACUGCCCUAGUUGUCCCGCCUGGGAUUGUACACAUGGAACCCCCAUUCCUGCACUGGGCUCUUAAGGUGAGAGAAAUGUCUGCAGAGUAUCUGCUUCGAAUCAUAGAACUGUAGAGUUCAAAGGGAUCCCAGGGGUCAUCUAGUUCAACCCCCUGCAAUGUAGGAAUCUUAACGAGAUCAUACAUGAUUGAUGGCCAUCUAAUAACUGCUUAAAAACAUUCAAGGAAGGAGAGACGACUUGUGUGUACACUUCCUCUUGUUGGAUUGGUGUGUUAGACCUUAGUAUCCAGCUACUUUCGUUUGUUCCACAUACAAUUGCUUCUUAUUGGAAUCUUCUGAGAUGUGUUUUGUUUUGUAUUUUACAGAAAUCCAAGUGA